ACCUCACUGAGCCCCCGGCGCGCUCUCCGGCGCGAACCCGCGGUCCCUCGGGAAAGCGCAGUCGGAAAGUUGUCGGCGGCGGUGUCCCUAGCGCCCUGUUGUGUAACCUCGGCGCUGCCAGCCUCACCGGGAAGUUGCAGGUCCUCCGGCCAGCCCGGUUCGGUCGCGGCCCGGGGCAGAUUUCAUGGCCCGCGGCGAACGCGGGGCCGGAGCCGGCGUGGGCGAGCCCCUGCUUGACCCCUCCCGCAGAGUUCCCCGGCGCCCCCUCCCGCCUGCUCGCCCGCCUUUCCGAUGCUCGCUGCGCCCCUCGCCGCCGCCCUCUUGCCGCCGCUUGCCCCUUGGAGCCGCCGCCUAAGUCGGGGAGGAGAGAAUGACCGAGGUGCUGUGGCCGGCGGUCCCCAAUGGGACGGACGCUGCCUUCCUGGCCGGCCCGGGCUCGCCCUGGGGGAACAGCACAGUGGCCUCCACCGCCGCCGUCGCCUCUCCGUUCAAAUGCGCGCUGACCAAGACGGGCUUCCAGUUCUACUACCUGCCAGCUGUCUACAUCUUGGUGUUCAUUGUCGGCUUCCUGGGCAACAGCGUGGCCAUCUGGAUGUUCGUCUUCCACAUGAAGCCGUGGAGCGGCAUCUCCGUGUACAUGUUCAACUUGGCCUUGGCGGACUUCUUGUACGUGCUGACUCUGCCGGCGCUCAUCUUCUAUUACUUCAAUAAGACCGACUGGAUCUUCGGCGAUGCCAUGUGCAAGCUGCAGAGGUUCAUCUUCCAUGUGAAUCUCUAUGGCAGCAUCUUGUUCCUGACCUGCAUCAGCGCGCACCGGUACAGCGGUGUGGUGUACCCGCUCAAGUCCCUGGGCAGGCUGAAGAAGAAGAACGCAGUCUAUAUCAGCGUGCUGGUGUGGCUCAUCGUGGUGGUGGGGAUCUCCCCCAUCCUCUUCUAUUCCGGCACCGGGAUCCGGAAAAACAAAACCGUCACCUGCUAUGACACCACCUCAGACGAGUACCUGCGAAGUUAUUUCAUCUACAGCAUGUGCACGACCGUGGCCAUGUUCUGUGUCCCUUUGGUGCUGAUUUUGGGCUGUUACGGAUUAAUUGUGAGAGCUUUGAUUUACAAAGACCUGGACAAUUCGCCUCUGAGGAGGAAAUCCAUUUACCUGGUGAUUAUUGUACUGACUGUUUUUGCUGUGUCUUACAUCCCUUUCCACGUGAUGAAAACAAUGAAUUUGAGGGCCCGGCUGGAUUUUCAGACCCCAGAAAUGUGUGCUUUCAAUGACAGGGUUUAUGCCACUUAUCAGGUGACAAGAGGUCUAGCAAGUCUCAACAGUUGUGUGGACCCCAUUCUCUAUUUCUUGGCAGGAGAUACUUUCAGAAGGAGACUCUCCCGAGCCACCAGGAAAGCUUCCAGAAGAAGUGAGGCAAAUUUGCAGUCCAAGAGUGAAGACAUGACUCUCAAUAUUUUAUCCGAGUUCAAGCAGAACGGAAAUACAAGCUUGUGAAGACGCAAGAAUCCCCAAACACCCACUUUGUAACAUGGUAGGAUGCUUAAUAGAGCCAAGUGUUUUUUUUCCCCUUUAAGUUUCUAGUAAGAUUAGAGAAAAUUCAGACCAAGAAAGCAGUGAGUUUAAAAAAAAGAAAGAGAAGUGGAAAUGCCUACACCCACACUAGUUUGUUUGGGUUUGCUUUCAAGGACUUCCUUCUUUCUCACCAGAAGUAUGUAACAUAAAAUAAUACUAUCCUUAAAUAUUUACUUUCCCUUCUGCCUUUAAAAUUUGCAAGCUCUUCUGUUUAAAGUUUACAUGGGUACUGGAGCUAUUUGGAUAUUAAUAACUUCUCCAAGAAAACUGACCACCUGAAACUUGAGUUUGUGAUUCAUCUAGUCUUUAUUUGUUUUUAAUAAUCUGAGGUGGGAACAAAUUGAAACUUCACAUCCUCA